ACCCCCUCUGGAUAAAGAAGGGUCCUCAUGCAAAAGGCUGUUACUAGGCUACUAGGCUCGCUUCUGGAAACGUAAAAAUAUGUUUUUAGUUGCACCGGUCAUAUGUAAUGCAUAUUUGAUUCCUUCCUCCCUUAGAUAGUUAAAUUCCAAUUGUCUUACGUUUACGUUUUGUUGUUACUUAGAAAAAUAAUUCUAAAGAUGCGUUUCAAGGCGAAGCGUUGUGGGGUGUGCUUCCGGCCACCGUCUAUAGUUUUGAUUUAUGAAAAUACGGAGACCAACAAAAUGAGAAAACGAAUUAUUCCAGUGCGAAACUUCUCGCGCUCCUCCGAUUACAGCCUGGCCGCUGAAAUGCUGAAGAAUCACCCCAGGCACAAAGAUUACCUGCAAGGGGUUUCCCAGAACCAGCUGGAAAAGCUGCACGUCAUCCUGCGUGACCACCUUCAGGGCUCCACCUUGGAGGACAGCCUGGCAUCACUGCAGGUGGACCCCGACGAGGACCUGAACAAGCUGGACGACGACAAGCUGGCUCGCAAGAAGAGCCACAUGGACGAGUUGUUCGAGAGGAACCGCACGCGUCGAGAGGACCCCGAUUUUGUUUAUGACCUGGAGGUGGACUUUGGCAAGGGGCCUGACGAGAAAUGCAGCUGGGAUGAAGAAUCUGAUGAUGGAUUUUAAAGUGGAGCCAAGGAAUGCAAUUUCUGAUGCUCGAAUCCUGAAAUAUUUUGGGGCCAGAGACCACUAACAUGGAGGGACAUUUUGACAAGGAUCCCAGCAUAAUCAGAAUUCAAAUUCAAAAUAAAAAUACUUGCAAGGAGCAUGGAGCAGACGCUAAUUCAGUGCUAGCCGUGUGGUAAAUGUUCUUUUACCUUAUUUAACAGUAUUAGGGGCUGUUAGUCAUUUUUAACCGAUAAAAUCGAUGAGAUUUUUCCCCUUUAUGUCGAAUGAAUAAAGUUGAUGAGCCACACAAUGAAGUUAUGGGAAAGCGUAGUGGCGGCUAGACUCAGGACGAAAGUAUCUGCGACCAACAGUAUGGUCUCAUGCAUAGAAAGAGUACCACAGUUGCAUUAUUUCCCUUGAGGAUGAGAGUGGAAAAGUACAGAGAAGGUCAGAAGGAGCUACAUUGUGUCUUUGUAGAACUCGAGAAAGCCUAUGACAGAAUACCAAGAGAGGAACUGUGGUACUGCAUGCGGAAGGCUGGUGUGUCGGAGAAAUAUGUUAAAAUAUGUAUGAGGGCUGCAGAACAGCGGUGAAAUGUGCCGUAGGUACGUCAGAAAAAUUUAAGGUGGAAGUGGGACUGCAUCAGGGAUCCGCUCUGAGCCCCUUCUUGUUUCCGGUAGUAAUGGAUAGGCUGACAGAUGAGGUUAGACUGGAAUCCCCUUGGAACAUGAUGUUCGCAGAUAAUAUUGUGAUGUGCAGUGAAAGCAGGGAGCAAGCGGAGGAACUAUUAGAAAGAUGGAGCCACGCAGAGGAAUGAAGAUUAGCCGAAGAAAAACAGAAUAUUUGUGUGUGAAUGAGAGGGGCGGAGGAGGAAGAGUGAAGCUCCAGGGAGAAGAGAUGGCGAGGGUGGAUGACUUCAAAUACUUAGGGUCAACAAUUCAGAGCGAUGGUGAGCGUGGUAAGGAAGUGAAGAAACUGGUCAAAGCGGGGUGGAACAGUUGGCGGAAGGUGUCUGGUGUUCUAUGUGACAGAAGAGUCUCCGCUAGGAUGAAGGGCAAAGUUUAUAAAACAGUGGUGAGGCCGGCCAUGAUGUACAGAUUAGAGACGGUGGCACUGAAGAAACAACAGGAAGCAGAACUUGAGGUAGCAGAUGAAGAUGUUGAGGAGAACCUCACGCUCAGAGUGAGCAAAAUUUGAAAUGAGCUCAUUCGCGUGACAGCCUAAAUUGGAUGUUUUGGAGACAAGGUUAGAACAAGCAGACUUUGACGGUUUGGACAUGUCCAGAAGCGAGAGAGUGAGUAUAGGCAAAAGAGCGAGAGAGAGGAAGACCAAAGAAGAGGUUCAUGGAUAUGGUGAGGGAGGAUAUGAAGACUGUGGGUGUUAGAGAGGAAGAUGCACCAGAUAGGCUUAGAUGGAAAAAGAUGACACGCUGUGGUGACCCCUAACGGGACAAGCCGAAAGGAAAAGAUGUCUGUGUACCUUAACACUAUAAAAUAUUUGACAGUAAAAAAUGACAACUGGCAAGUACACUACAGGCUCACGAGACAAUAUUACAUUCUCACUAUCGAGAUUGGUGCAGUUAUUGCACUGUCUCGUCGAUACACCGAAAAACUUUUACACGACAGAUGACUGAUAAGAUAUUUAUUUGAUAUAUAAAAUACGGAAUAUACAAAAUACAUUGCCUUUGGCUCUUUAUCUGUGGCGUACAUGACUUCUGUUCACAUUCAAUCAUGGGAUAGGACACUUAAAGCUGAUUAAAUGAUUUGUUAGCGGACAAAAAACACACUAAAAUUAAAUGAACUCUUUUUUUUUUUUUUUUU